AUGGCUCCCGCAGCUACCCACGAUGCUCCCGAGGAGACCCAGAGCGACGGCUCCAAGCUGAAGACCUUCAUCGGUAUUCUGAAGAAGUUCAUUGGCGUCGCCGACCUGGCUGCCGUCCGCUUCUCCCUCCCCUCCCAACUCCUCGAGCCGACACCGAAUCUCGAAUAUUGGACAUAUCUGGAUGCGCCUAACGCCUUCGUCGCCAUCGGCACCUCUGACGAGCCCCUCGACCGCAUGCUCGAGGUCUGCCGCUUCUGGUUCACCAAGGACCUCAAGUACGCAAAGGGCAAGCCCUGCAAACCAUACAACUCGUGCCUGGGAGAGUUUUUCAGGUGUAACUGGGAGACGGAGAACAACGCGCCCAAGAUCAACACCACAGCCCUCAAGACCGGAAGUGGAACCACCAGCAGCUCCUCGAGCUUGAAGUCUGCAAAGGGCGACAAGAAUGCCUCCGCCGUUUCGCUGUCCGUACCCCCGCUCGGCGCCCAAAUGCCGGACAGCAAGCCCGUCCUCGUAUCCUACCUCACCGAGCAGACCUCCCACCACCCGCCCGUGAGCGCCUUCACAAUCAGCUGUCCCGAGCGUGGUCUGUCCGCCCGCGGCUUCGACCAGAUCACGGCAAAGUUCACCGGCACCAGCAUCCGCGUCCUGCCCGGCGAGCACAACCUCGGUAUCUUCGUCACGCUCGACAACCGCGAUGGCGAGACCUACCGUCUGACCCAUCCGGCCGCGCACCUCGGCGGCAUCCUGAGAGGCACACUGACCGUCAGCGUCAGCGAGAUGGCGUACAUUACGUGUCCGCAGACCAAGCUUAAGACGAUCCUGAACUACGUCGAGGCUGGCUGGCUAGGCCGCUCCACGAACCGCGUCGAGGGCAUUAUCUUCCGCUACGACCCCGAAAACGAUGACAAGGUGAACAUCAAGGAUGUCCCCGAGGCGGACAUCGUCGCCCGUCUGGGUGGUCCCUGGCGCGAAAAGGUCAUGUUCACAUUGGGUCCUAAGCCGAUGGAUUCGCAUCCCCCGGAAGCCCGCUACACCAUCAUCGACCUGGGCCCCCUCAACGUCGCGCCCAAGGUCAUCCCCCCCGCCGAGAAGCAGCUCCCGAACGAGUCGAUCCAGCUGUGGUCCGGCGUCACGGAAGCAAUCCACGCGAAGCAGUUCUCCAAGGCGACGACGGUCAAGGUCGAGCUCGAGGAGAACCAGCGCGAGAAGGCGCGCGAGCGGGAGCGCACCGGCGAGGUCUUCAAGCCCGUCUUCUUCGAGCAGGCCGUCGGCAACGAGGGCAAGCCGCAGCUGACCGAGAAGGGGCGUGAGGUGCUCGCGAGGGCGCAGAAGGGGGAGUGGGACUUGACUGGCAUCGUGUAG